UUUUCCUCCCACACAAAAUAAAAAUAACCUAAUUGGAUUUUGGGUGGAACCCUUACCCCCAAUUCUCCGUCCGGCAAGAUCCCUCAGCCUCUCUCAAGAUAAGAGAGAGAAGAACCCUAGAACGAAGGCGGAGAGGACAGUGACACCAGAUUAUCAUAACCCUCGUUCUUUCUUACCAUUACCGAGGUCGGCACCAUCACAGUUGAACAGAGGUUGAAAAGAUGGCAUCGAACAUAAUUGUGCAGCCAGUAUGCAGAAACGCGUCGAAUCCUUAUCAUAAAUGUAAUGAGUAUUGUUCCAGAGUAAUUGAUGAAGCUAAGGCAUUGUUGGAGAAGGAUCAACAAGAGAUUGAAAAGAAGGCUGCAAACAGAAUUGUGCACCCUGAAUGUAGAAACGCAUCGAAUGCUUAUCAUGAAUGUACUGAGUACUGUUUUAGAGUAAUUGCUGAAACUAAGGCAGUUGAGGUGAAGGAUCAACAAGGAGUAGUUUCAAUCGAUGGUGGGGAUAUUGAGAAGAAUACAUCUGAUGUUGCUGCCAGGCAGAAAGAAGAUCUGCAUGACGAAAUAGAUGACCUUGAAGACCAUCAUGAUCAAAACAAUGAAUCCAUGGAGGAUAAAACAGAAGUUGACUUCACAAACCUCACUGGGAGAAAGAAGAAACUGUUCGAGUUAAGGCUAAAGAUGAAUGAGGCAAGAAAAGCAAAUCAAAAUGCUAUGGUAGCUGAAAAGAAAAGAAUUGAAGCUCCAACAGAAUCUAGAGGCAUUUCGAAAGAGAAAUGGUAUGAGGACAGAAAGAAAAAAAUUGGCAAGCUUCUGGAUGCAAAUGGUCUGGAUAUGAAAGAAGCAUUCAUGUUAGAUACCCAAGAAGCUGCUGAGGCGAAAUACAAGAAACGGGAUAAAAAUCCUGCUCCGUUUGGCUGGGAUGUUUUUAACCAGAGGACAUUAUAUAAUGCGCACAAGAAGCGGGCACAGAAGGUGGAUAUUGACCUCGAGGAAUAUAAUAGGAAUAAAGAGAGUGAUCCGGAGUUCUAUCGUGAAGCUUCAAGCUUACAGUAUGGAAAGGCACCGAAGAUUUCAGAGGAUAGGAUAGAAAAGAUGGCGAAGGAGCUAAAGGAUAGAGAUAAUAAUCGAACUUCGUUUAGCAGAAGGAGAAAGCACCAUGAUGAGAAAGAUGUUGACUCGAUCAAUGACAGGAAUGAGCAUUUCAAUAAGAAGAUUGAAAGGGCGUUUGGGAAAUACACUUUGGAAAUUAAGAACAAUCUUGAACGAGGAACUGCUUUGCCCGACUAACUGAUGACUGACAAUUGUGAAGGGAGAAAAAAUGAAUCUCUGUUUCUUGUCUUAAAUGAUGAAUCUCUUCCUUGUUUGCACUUAAUGUAUCCUUUUUAUUGCUUGUUUUUGUUAACUGAAUAGAUUUUUGUUCUAUUUCUAUUAUGGGUUUAUAUGUAAUGUGAUUCAGAGUAUUAAAAAAUCUACAUAGGUUUGAUAGUAAUAUUUUUGUGCUUUUGGUA